AUGGGAGCGUGCUUAUCAGCGAUCAAAUCGCUGCAAAUACUGAAGGUUUCCGAGGACAGCGUGUCGCACAAAAACGGCAUUCUUCCGUUCAUACACUCGAUAGUUAGCUUCAAUGGAAAGGCCAUCGAGAGCAAGGAUGAUGCGUUGACGAUGAACAAGGAGUGGGAGAGCAAAGCUCUUCAGCUGGAGCUGAUAGACAUGAGAACCAUGGAGACCUCUAUUCUUGAGAUACCAAGGAAGGACAAGACCCGGCUUGGAAUCAGUGUGAAGUUCCACCAGAGCAUUGCCUGUCUUCUUUCGAUGGAGGUUCUUCGGGUAAAUCCUGAAUCUCCCGCGGAGAAGGCAGGAAUGGUGGUCGGAGACUACAUUCUUGGGAUAGAGAACAUCUACUCGAAGGACGAGGAGGAUCUCCUGAGGUUCCUGGAGAUGAAUAGAAGACGAGUGGUUCCGCUUCUGGUCUACAACAGCGACCUCGAGUAUGUAAGGGCGGUUAGUCUCCAGGUCGGUGUGGAUGUACUUCUAGGAUGCCAGAUAGGAAUGGGAGAGCUCUACAAGGUUCCCUUUAGUCAGAGGCGCUGCAAGGUUGAGUUCAAUAGUGAGAUCAUUAGGAACGAUGUUAGAAGACUCAGAAGGAAGCUGCGAGGAAAGGACAUUAUUAGCAGCAGGCUAAAGGAUGUUGUUUGUGGAAGCGAUAGCCACUCCGAGUCUGUGUCUAGCACCUAUGCAUGGGAUGUUCAGGAAAAAACACCUGCAUACAACCUCAUGAGCCCAAGCCUUAGGAAGCCAUCCUGCGAUGAAAGCUUUCCCGAUGUCUCCAGCGAUUCCCAGCCCCUGGAGAUUCCCUUGCUGGAUAUUGAGGAUGUAAAUGAGAUUCCCGUGAUACUUCCUGAGAGUCUUACUUACGAGGUGCCCAUAGAUAAGCAGGAGCGUGCGAAGACAGAAAGGGAUGGAGUUUCCAAGAGCAUUGUAAACAUUCUUGAGCAAGAGCAGGACGACCAUUUUGACUUUGAGAACAGUCUGCCUCUGGCGAACAAGGGUGUAGGCCAGAAAAAAGAGCUUCAGAAGCUAGGUACCACAAAGAGAACAGAGGACCCAGAAUCCAGACACCAGGUCGAGGACAGAGGUGUUGAAGAGCCAGAAACCUUCUUUCUCCCCAUAGAAAAGAGUGACACUCAUAGAGAUGAGUUUGAUGCAAAAAACUUCCUCUCCAGCCUAAGUCUUUCUUUUUAUGGUACUGAGAAUGAGCACGACUCUGGCACCCACAGAGCUGUAACGACAUCUGUACAUGAAUCGAACGGGGAGUGUCCACUGUGCUUUAAGCACCAUCGGGAGGAACACGACAGGUCUUCAGAGUCUUCUGGGGAAUACACGCCUCUGGCUAGCAAAACAUCCUCCUCCCUAAGUUCGAUAACGAGCAGUGAUGCAGGAAUUAGUGAUGAGGAGGAGGCAGGAGAGAUUGGAAGAAUAUCCCUUGGCGCUCCUGGGGACCUUCUAAGUGAAAAGAAAGCUACUGUACCUUUGGGAAGGCUUAGGAUCAUGGGGGAUUUAGGAGGCGACCACCCACAUUCCGAGGAAAACAGCCUGGAAUCAACAAGUAUUGGGUCUCCUCCGUAUAGCGACCCCGGGUCAAUUCUAUGA